UUAUGAAGCGUCUCAUAGAAACAGUAAAGAAAUCCAUUUAUUUUAGACCUAGAACUAAGAAAUAGAUCUCUUUGACUCCGACCCCUAUCAUAAUGAUCAUUAUCGAAUAAUAGAUCUAGAUCUCAUUAGAACUUAUUAAAAGUACAAGUAAUAGAUCUAAUCUAUAAUGGAGAAAUAUAUAGAUCUAAUCCUUAAAUUUUGAUUCUGAUGUGGAUGAAGUUGAUUUCAAUAUCAAAUGGCAGGAUGCAUGUUUGAAAAUCAAGAGACACCCAUAAAGCAGGCAAUAAAAAAUGAAGAUGCAGAUGCUUUGAGAAGAUCUUUAAAAAAUGGAGAAAAUGUUCACUUAACAGACAGGAAGGGGAAUACUUACCUUCAUUAUGUAUGCACCAUGCAUCGCCCUGUCAUUUUUCAUAUACUUGUUGGAAGAGGUAUCAAUUUAAAUGUACAGAAUAGACAUGGCAAUACAGCAUUACAUGUAACAGCUCUUCAAAAUGAAUGUUGCCAUGUGGCUGAUCUCUUGGCAGCUGGGAUAGAUCCUUUCAUUAAAAAUAAGGAUGGUAAAACAGCUGCUGAAAUAAAAACAAGAAAUUUAUUCUGGAUAAAUAUCUAUAACAAAUAUAAGCCAGGAAUAUUUCAUGCUGUAGCCAACCAUGAUGUGGAUAAAGUAAUUUGUUUACUGCAGUGCUGGUCUAGAGUGGACACAAAAAGGGAUGGACAAACAUUGAGACAGUUCACUGCUGCCCACAAAUUUCAUGACCUUGUUUUUCACAUUGACCUUCAUACACACACUUUGGGAGCCAUCUAUGCUAUAUUGGAAGGGGAUGUUGAAAAAGCCUGGAAAUUCCUGUCCCAUCCUAAGUGUAAUAUUAAUUUCCUUAAUCAAGCAGCUAAUUCUACACACAUCCUUCAAUAUGCUAUUAAAUCCAAAGAUGCCAGGAUCAUUCGUAUGAUUUGUAAAGCAAAUAUAAAUGUCAAUGUCACAGUCAGAGUUAAUAAUUUUUUAAAGGCUCCUCUCUACUUUGUUGCCAUUGAUUCACUGUGUCCUGAUGACAUCAUGUGGACUGUACUGAAAUCAAAGGCAGAUUUUAGACUCAGAGAUGAAAGAGGAAGGAAUGCAGGUGUUUACGCACUGGAUAAAACCAAAGGCAGAAUUUCUAGUGAUGUCAUUGAGUAUAUGCUGAAACAGGGGCUGGAUGUCAGUCAAAGAGAUUGUACAGGAGUGACUCUUAGAGAUGUAUCCAGGCUGGCAAGACGCAGAGAUAUUGUUACAAUCAUGGAUAAGGCUUAUGUUAAGACAAUUAGAUCAUCAGAUAUAGAAGAACUGGAGAGACUGGCUGUAAUGGGCUAUGACAGUCUACUCAUUGAUUUUAAUUAUCGAGACACUUAUAUUUAUGCCAGUGGAAAUGAAACAGUGGAGGCCGUUGAUUUUGUUAAAUGGUUGCCUAAAUUCAAUGAAGAUGUUAGGACAUUUUUGUACAGUGUUCAACAUUCUUCAGUUGAUCAAGUCAGUAAUAUUCUGAAAUCCUCAGACAGACCUGAUUUGCUAAUAAAUGCAAGAGAUAAGGGAGGUAGAACUUGUCUACAUAUAGCUGUCCUCCACACAAGAGUUGAUGUUUUACAGUUUUUAUUAACUUGUCCACAUUGUGAUGUGAAUGCCACAGAUAAUAUGGGUCGCACUGCCUACCAUUAUGCCUCUUGUGUUGAAAAAGUUUCUAGAACUGAAAUUUGCCAGCUUCUUGAAAGUAUGGCGAGUCUUAAUGCUGAACUUGAAGACUUUAAUAAUCACAAAGCCUCAUUCAACAUCCUUCACCCUCAGCAAGCUGCUGAAUGGAUUGACAAAGAGAGAAAGAUAAUUUAUGGGAUGUCUAAACAGCUAGUUUGUGCUGAUAAGUAUGAGGAACUUUGUCUCAUUAUCAAGCACAAGAGAAAACACUUAAUGCAUUUUGAAAAUUCCAUUUGUAAGUUCCAGUACCCUGUGGCUCAGUUUAGCAAAAUUCUAAAACCAGUUUUAAAUAAUUAUCGAGACUUGCUUUUCCUUGCUAUGGAAAGGAGAAAAGAACCUAUUGCAGUUCGACUAGUUCAGCUUGGAACUGACUUGACAAUAACUGAAUUAUGUGAAGUCAAGAAAUCAAAUGAAAGUGAUGGGACAGAAUUAGUUUUGAUGUCUGUGUCAGAGAGGGCUGCACAGCUUGGGAUGGAUCUUGUGUUAAGAGCUAUUGAGAAGAAGAAAAACUAUUCCAGAAAAACUCAGAAGAUGAAAGAUGUGUCAAAUAAGAAAAUGUUUUGUAUUCGUACAACAACAGAUAAACCAGAAAACUUAAUGAGUGACUCAGUGAGUGAUUCAAUGGAAAUGGAAUUUGUAAUGGGGUCAGAUGAGGAGCAGGAAGAAAGUUGUAAUUUCAGUGUUAAUAAUGAAGACUGCGAAAGGAGUCCAAAUGAUGAGUUUGAGGAAGAGAGCUUUACCUUCAAUCAAAUUUAUGAAAACAAGAAAAUUAUUUAAGCCUCAGUUACUAAAUUAUUAUGUUCAAAAUGGUUAGUCAAUGAAUAGGAACUGUGAAAUAUUUUUUGUUUUCUAAAUGUCAAAAUGAUGUUGAAUGUUUUGUUGUAUAUAUGGUAUAUUAGUAAAUUACUGACAGCUCUUUUUGUAAACAUUUGUUACCAAAGUGACAAAUGGCAAUUUCAUCACAAAUAUAAUUUUGAGAUCAACUGAAGAGACUCAAAAUAGAAUUACAGAUUUUUUUGGUUAUAUCCUUCUGUUUUACUGGAAAGGCUUAACAGGGAAAUGUAGCAUGUAGCUGUGAUAACUGAAAUAGAGGGAAACCUUAUUUUUUUACAAAGUUUAUUAACUCACUCUGUCUGACUAUCUCUGUUGAAUCUUUUACAAAUUAUUUCUCCCCUUUCUCAGAUGAAGUUGAAGCUUUGCACAAUUAUUUAUUGUCAAUGACAACACAUGAAUCUAUCAAAAAAUUACCCUAUUAGUUAAUCAACUUGUCAGAAUUAACGUUGUUUCAAAUAGAAAAUGUACUAAGCUUAGAAGAGAUAAGCCUUGUAGAGAGAAUUAGGUUGUUUGUUAAAGAUUUUCAAUAAACAAUAGUCUCUAAGACUUUUUAUUUUUAUAAGUACUUUAACUUUUUGUUAGCAGGUCAGUCUUCAUCAUGGAGGCUGCAGACCUUGAGUUUUAAUUCAGACUUGGGCAACUUUUUUUUUAACUUCUGAUAUUUUGAGUUUUUGACACAUUGGUACAAUUAAGGAUUGAUUUUAAAAAAAUGAUGCAAUAUCACUCAAUAUAAGCUUUGUUUUUUUUUUAAAUAAUUUUCUCUAUUGCUUUCUCAUACUUACUUCCCUUUUUUUGUGUGUCUGCCUUCCUCUUGCCUUAUAUGCUCUCAGGGCUCACUGAUUGGUUGACACUCGGUGGCUAAACCAUUUCAUUCUUUGUUUUGGUCACAAAUUGAAAUGGUAUAACAGCAACCAUCUUCCUGCUUCUUGUUGACUUUUGCCUGCUGUUCUAAGGAAUCUUAUUUAUAAGUGGCUGUUGUCUGUUUUUAUUUAAAACCCCAUACUGACACUGUAUGACACUGACCCCAUACUGACACCAUUAAAUGUUGAACUAAAGGUAGUGUUCACAAACCUUUCCUUUUAAAAGCUGUGGGUGCAUGUUCUAUGAUGCACUGUCCAUCAUGCCUCUAACAAAAAUAACCUGUUCCCAAGGUCUUAACAAAUAUUAUAUGUAAUCUAUUUUAAACAAAAAUAAAAAAUUAAUGAAUGUAGCUCAAAUUUUUUAAAUAUACUUAAUAACACCAGUUCCUAACCAUCUUUGUCUUAAAGAAUUUUUUUUUUUGCAACUUGUCAAAUAAUUUUAUGACAACUUUCCAAUUUCUAAGUUUAUGAAAAUGGUUGACAUUAUCAUUACAAACUGACAAUGCUUUAAGUCUAUUUACUUGAUGAGCUUCUGAAGAAUACUUUCGUUGCCAAGUGUUUGUCCAAAUUUAACAAUUUGAACCAAAGAAAAAAAAGUAUUUUGUAAAACAACCCAGCUUUCUGUGAUACUGACAGCUCACUAUGUCCACAUAUAUGUCAUUGCAUUGAGUCAUUAACAUUAAAAAAUGUAUCAUUUUAUUUAUUAUAUAUAUAUUCAUAUAUAGUAAAUACUUAUUCACUAUGUAAUAUGUAUAUUUAUUUAUGUGUAUUGGUAAAGGUUUAUUAUGCAAAAACAAAUCAUUGAAAAACAAAAAAUUGAAUUAUACAACAUACUAAGCAAGAGUAUUUUUUUCCUUUUGUUGUUUUUAAAUAAUAACUUAUUGGUCAAUGUUUAUCUGCGAUAAAAAAAAAUUGUUUUGUUAUGCAAGAAAGAAAACUUGGGGCAAGAGAAGGAAAUUUGAAAUAAACUAUUUGUAACUGUCUGUAAUGCAUUACAUUAUUGAGAAUUGAAUAUUUAAUGAGAGAAAGAGAGAGAAAGCUGUCUCAUUAACUUCUAGGAUUCAAAUUUAGAAUUUCAAUUAAGAGUUUUGUUUUGUAAAGGGAAAGAAGACAGGAAAUCUCGGCAUGUACAAAGAAGACUUUGUCUGAGAAAGGAAGACUAACUCUGCUAGAAGACUUUGAGCAUAGAAGACUAACUCUGCUAGAAGACUUUGUCUGAGCAAGGAAGACUAACUCUGCUAGAAGACUUUGUUUAAGCAAGGAAGACUAACUUUGCUAGAAGACUUUGUCUGAGCAAGGAAGACUAACUUUGCUAGAAGACUUUGUCUGAGCAAGGAAGACUAACUCUGCUAGAAGACUUUGUCUGAGCAAGGAAAUACUAACUCUGCUAGAAGACUUUGUCUGUGCAAGGAAAUACUAACUCUGCUAGAAGACUUUGUCUGUGCAAGGAAGACUAACUCUGCUAGAAGACUUUGUCUCUGCACAAUUCUGUGCAUAUUGGACUGGGUUAAGGUAAUAAAUGCAAGCCAUUAGGUUGGCCUCACAUUCAAUGCACACCAUGCACUACAACACUGUAGAUAACUAGAUCUAUUUAAACACAUUUUGUAUCAUUUUCAUCCAAAAUUGUUCAAAUAAAACCAUCUCUAACAAAUCCUCUAGAGUCUAGACUCCUGGUUGAAAAUGAAACAAAAACCAAAUGAUUCAGUUGUUUAACUACAUUUUAUUUCCAAAUUAUUCUGUAUAAAUUUAAUGACAAAUUGUGUAAAUACCAAAGUUUAAACAUCACUUCAACAAUUUUGGUUGGUUGUCUCAUCUAUUCAAUAAAAACACUUCAGAAAUCU